UUUGUUCCACUAUGACUCCCUUCGUGUCUUAUCAUGCAGGGUUCCGCAGAAGUUCCGCUUUCCCUUCUUCACGCAGCUCAUGUGGUACGCACUGGACAAGUACGCGCACUCUCUGCGUUACUGCCUGGAACAGUUUCACGGGUACAAGCCUGAUGACAGUACCACCAUCACACCCACUGGCACCAUCGUCAUGGACGCCAUAGAUACUGUGGACAACACCAUCGACAUUGCAAUGGACACCACCAUUGACACUGCCAUGGACACAAGUACUAGCGGCAAGGAGAAAGAAGAGAGCGAUACUUCCCACACUGCUACAACUACUGCUGAUGCUACCGAGCCGAGUGAUGCGAAGUGUGAGACGGAGAGCGUUGCAACACCAGAGCCACCUGUUGCCGACGCCACCCCGGCAAAGUCCACACGCGUUGAGAAAGCGCACGUUUCCGACAGCCCGUCCUCCGCUAGUCCCAGAAUGCGGCGUCGCAAGGCUGCAAUCGCCGUGGCCGCCGCCAUUUCCAUCACCGUGGCAACACCGACGCGUGCCUCCUCAGCCGCCUCCGCCAGCUCCAGCCCGACACCAACGCGUGCAGCAGCAGACAGCGCAGCCGCCGUAGCCAGCUCCAGCCCUACCCCAUCGCGUGCCGCCUCCACCCCGUCGUCAUCGCUGGUGGUGCGUACCAGUGCUGAGUCGUCACCCAGUGCACUGACGGAUGAGACGCGGCCGGAUCAUCCUUGCAUCUCCACCAACUCCAGUGCCAAUACGGACGCAGCGAAGCUCUCUCUGGCGCCCACAUGCGCCGAGAUCCCACAGCUGUCAACGGAUGACACUGCAGCCCAGUCGCCAGCGACAGCGGCAGCUGCUGCUGCUGCUUCGUCAGGAGACGGGAACAGCUCACAAGGCGGCAAGCCACCUCCAUCACCGCCAUCCUGCCCGCUCUCGGACAUGGCCUGUCUCAGCUCGUAUGAGAUUGAUGGCUUGCGACGGCUGCUGGCCGAGCUGAACGUUUCCACGACGAUGGUGAGGGCGUGUCCCGAGGAGCUGGGGGAUCCUGGGGAGCUCAUGUCGACCGUGGAGAAUCUGCGUGUGUCGCCCGCACCAAUACCUGACAACAUUGUGGAAAUAGUGGCAGUUGAAACAGAGAUUGUAUGCAAAUCCUCAGCUGCUACUGCAUCUCCAAGAAAGACAGCAGGUAUAUCAUCUCGUGACGACCACAUUGAAGUCUGAAUUUGAAGUGCGAAGAUGCUUCAGCAACCACAUCGUACUUUUUCAUUGCUUUCAUUGUGCUUCUACUGUGCAUGGGUGUAACUUGUGGGGUAUAUAUGUGAUGACAUUGUAUGCUGGCGACACGGUCAGAUUUUGUCCAUGCGUGAUA